AUGGAUGAGAGUAAAAUGGUUCAGACUGACUUGGUCAAGGCAUUGUACACAGUACCCCCUCAAAUAUUGUUGACAAAUUCAAAAGAUUUGCACUUCAGGCUUACUGCUUCUUGCAAAGUUUGGUGUUUGAAGGUUCUAGGUCAGUCACAUGAUGAUGCCUUGUUUGGACAAUGGUUUGUUGAAACUCCAUCCCCCCAAGGCAGUAAGGAGCGGUAUCAUUGGCAGACACAAAAUGUCAAACAGAGUGGAGUGGACGACAUGGUGCUACUUUCAAAGAUCACAGAAGAGGCUAUUGUUGAAAACUUAAAGAAGCGUUACAAUGAUGACUACAUUUUUACGUACAUUGGUCCAGUGUUGAUUUCUGUUAACCCUUUCAAGCAGCUUCCAUAUUUCACAGACAGGGAGAUAGAGAUGUACCAGGGAGCAGCUCAGUAUGAAAAUCCACCACAUAUAUAUGCUUUGGCUGAUGACAUGUACAGGAACAUGCUAAUUGACAAUGAGAAUCACUGUGUCAUCAUCAGUGGAGAAAGUGGUGCUGGGAAGACAGUGGCUGCCAAGUUCAUCAUGGGUUACGUUUCAAAGGUAUCUGGAGGAGGUUCCAAAGUACAGCAUGUUAAAGACAUCAUACUGAAAUCCAACCCUCUACUUGAAGCAUUUGGAAAUGCCAAAACGGUGCGCAACAACAAUUCCAGUAGAUUUGGAAAGUAUUUUGAGAUUCAGUUUAGUAGAGGUGGAGAACCGGAUGGUGGAAAGAUCUCAAAUUUUCUGCUGGAAAAAUCAAGAGUUGUGAGUCAGAAUUCUGGUGAGAGGAGCUUCCACAUCUAUUAUCAGCUUCUGGAAGGAGCAUCAGCAGAACAACGUGAGAAUCUGGGAGUGACCAAUCCUAACUACUAUUACUACCUCAAUCAGAAUGAAGUGUAUAAGGUGGAUGACAUAAAUGACAAGAAGGACUUCUUUGAAACUCUGAAUGCUAUGGAAGUUAUUGGCAUUCCUGAGGACACACAGGCAAUGGUUUUGCAAAUAGUUGCAGGAAUUCUUCACCUGGGAAAUAUCAACUUUCAGGAGUCUGGAAAUGUUGCAGUGGUGGAGAGUGAAGACUUCUUGGCUUUUCCUGCUUUCCUGUUGGGCGUAGACCAGGUUCGUCUGAAGGAGAAGUUAACAAGCAGGAAGAUGGAUAGUAAAUGGGGUGGCAAGUCAGAAACCAUUGAUGUAACGUUGAAUGCAGAACAAGCCAUUUUCUCAAGGGAUGCCCUGUCAAAGGCACUGUACUCCAGGCUGUUUGAUUACUUAGUUGAGGCUAUCAACAAGGCAAUUAAGAAGGACUAUGAAGAGCUCAAUAUUGGAGUAUUGGACAUUUAUGGCUUUGAGAUAUUUCAGAAAAAUGGAUUUGAGCAGUUCUGUAUUAACUUUGUAAAUGAGAAGCUGCAGCAGAUUUUUAUAGAACUGACACUGAAGGCUGAACAGGAAGAGUAUGUUCAAGAAGGCAUAAAAUGGAACCCAAUUGAAUAUUUUAACAAUAAAAUUGUGUGUGACCUCAUUGAGAGUAAAGUGAGCCCUCCUGGUAUAAUGAGCAUCCUGGAUGAUGUCUGUGCCACAAUGCAUGCCAAAGGAGAAGGAGCAGACCAGACGUUGCUGCAGAAGUUACAGAUGGCAAUAGGAACACAUGAGCAUUUCAACAGUUGGAACAAAGGUUUUAUUAUACAUCACUAUGCUGGGAAGGUGUCUUAUGAUGUUGGUGGAUUCUGUGAACGGAAUCGAGAUGUUUUAUUUAUGGACUUAAUAGAGCUCAUGCAAAGCAGCGAGUUUCUAUUUAUUAAGGAUCGGUUUCCAGAAAAUCUGAAUGCUGAUAAGAAAGGACGUCCCACAACUGCUGGUGCUAAAAUUAAGAAACAAGCCAAUGAUCUGGUUAACACACUGAUGAAAUGUACACCGCACUACAUCCGCUGCAUCAAACCUAAUGAAACAAAGAAGCCUCGUGACUGGGAGGAAAGCAGAGUCAAACAUCAAGUCGAAUACCUAGGCCUUCGAGAAAAUAUCCGGGUGAGAAGAGCUGGAUAUGCCUACAGGAGGAUCUUUAAGAAAUUCCUUCAAAGAUAUGCCAUCUUGACAAAAGAGACCUGGCCUGUCUGGAGAGGAGAUGAGAAGCAGGGAGUCCUACAUUUGUUGAGAUCUGUCAACAUGGAUGCUGACCAGUUCCAGCUAGGCAAAAGCAAGGUUUUCAUUAAAGCACCUGAAUCUCUGUUCCUUUUAGAGGAGAUGAGAGAGCGUCGAUAUGAUGGCUAUGCUCGAGUGAUUCAGAAAGCAUGGGGGAAGCACACUGCUGUACGAAAAUAUAUUAAGAUGAGAGAAGAAGCUUCAGAUAUUGUGCUUAAUAAAAAGGAGAGACGUCGGAAUAGCAUUAAUCGAAAUUUCAUGGGAGAUUACAUUGGCAUGGAAAAUCGUCCUGAACUUCGGCAGUUUGUUGCAAAGAGGGAACGUAUUGAUUUUGCAGAUACAGUUAUCAAAUAUGACAGAAGGUUUAAGACUGUGAAGCGGGAUAUGAUCUUAACUCCACGAUACCUAUACCUAAUAGGUCGAGAGAAGGUGAAGCAAGGACCAGAGAAGGGGAUGAUUAAAGAAAUAUUAAAACGACAAAUUGAACUUGAGAAAAUUCAGUCUAUCUCAGCUGGAAUUCAAAGUGAAGAAGGAUGGCUGGGGUCCGUGGGGAGCAGCAGGAUCACGGCAGAUUCAGUUCCAGUUAGGUUCUGGGGAUGAAGCAAUCAAGAAACCUACUGGCAAGGUACUCAAUGUUUACAUUGGAGCAGGUCUGGCCAAGAACUCCCGUCCAACAAGGAAAGAUAAUCGGAAGAGUAUCUGCUUUACAAACCAGACACACAAUACCCCAAGCUAUCCAGCAGCUACACAGAGAAGUGGGGUUCAAAAGCCUGGCCGUGGUUAUCAGCAGCAGUCCGGUAUCAGGCCUCAGUCUGGGCAUAGGUUAUCUCUUCUCCGAGAGCCUAGCCAAGAGCAACCCAGUUUGCCCAGACAAGGAGCAAGCCCCCGAGGCAAGGUAGCUCCUCAACAGCUCAACCUUGAUUUUAUGAAUGUACCAGAACAAGGGGUUUCUGGUAUGCAACGGCAGCUUUCCAAAAAUGUGAAACCCGUACCUGGAGGUGGCAGAGCAAAACCGACUCCAAAACCAAGACCAAAAAUACCACAAUGUCGUGCACUUUAUGCAUAUGAUGCACAAGACACCGAUGAGCUAAGUUUUAAUGCUAAUGACCUCAUUGAGAUUAUAAAGGAAGAUGCAUCAGGUUGGUGGUUUGGUAGGAUCCGUGGAAAAGAAGGCAUGUUUCCUGGUAACUAUGUGGAGAAGAUAUAAAGACUGAAAAUGCUGUAUUGCAGAUUGGUGUGAUUUAAGCACCUAGACUAUACUAAGGAAGAAGAGAAUUAACAAAAAUGGCACUUUGUAACAGAAGUUGCCCCAGAUGUCUGUUUUAAGGCACUGUAUGAUCUCACACUACUCAAACUGGUUUAGCCAGGGCAUUCAGAGGACUCUGAAGGGAACGGUAUUAAUUGCUUUGCCUGCCUUUUAUUUUAGGUGAACUGAGGAUAGUAAUGGAAUGAGGAGCUUUCAUGAGCAGCAUUAAGCAGAAAACUUUCUACGUAAUCACUUUACUGACAAGUGAAAUACGCCCCCUUAUUCAACUGGCAGUUACUUCCCCUGAAUCUACAGGUGCCUUUCCUGAUAUUAUUUGUACAUUAACAUUAGCAGGCAUGAGGAGAGCUAGUGAGGGUCACUAGUACAUUCUGCCACAGUGCUGUCAGCUGUUUUCUGUGGUGGCUUUCACUGCUUGAUGAGGAAUUGAUUGCACUGCAAAGUUCAUAGGUCAUGUCUAUUUAUUUUUGGUUUACUUUUUAUAAAGAUCUCAACUUGCACCAGUAUCAAAUCCAGUGCUUUAGACUUUCUAUCUAUAAUAUUGUACUUCAGGAAAAAUACUCAUUCUUAGUCUUUUAACUUUUACAAAAGCAUUGUCUUGUACUGCUUCUUUCUUGCUAUACUUUGAAUAAUGAGACAAAUUUCUAGUUUUCCUUUCAGACACAUCAUUUUCAGCUCCUUUGACUGUAUUUCCUAUGCUUGAAUCUUCUGUUAUAACUUUUUUUAUGUGAGUACCUCCUUUAGUAGUUGCUAUUGACAUAAAUCAUCAGCGUGGUUAGCCACUACAAGAAAUUAACUUCAAACAGUGUCUUCAGGACAAGCAUUAGAUGACCACAAAUGGCACUACUAUUAGGGAAGGAAUAUUGUCUGUGUCCUGAGUCAAAACCGUUGGUGAUAGACUUUGAGAUGCAUAGUCAAGCUUCAGUUAUGGGAGACUGUUAAAAUAUAUGGUAUUUCAUUAUCUUUGCAAAAGGAAUGUGAAAUGUUAUCUGCCCUUUUCCCACUGUAAUGACACAAUGGGCUUGACUGCUUUCAAAAAAGGAAGAUUUUAAACAAGUAGAGUUCAGAAACUGAACAGGGAAUGAUCAUAUUUUGUGAUGUAGCAUGCAGUCCAUCACAUCUUCAUAAACAAAUUCUUAGUACUAUCUAACCAUUUGUAAAAUAAUGCAAGAGUCCUUUUCUUUUUUGUCCUGUGAGGAAUGCCACUGCCAAUGUCCAGCUUUGGAAAUUGUGUAGUCUUAAUUGACAAAUCUCUUCUAAAGAUAGUUUAAAGGAGUUGCAAAAAAUAUUCCCAUAAUCCUCAGCAUCAUAGUAUUGAGUGUCUGACAGCAUUGGCAUAAAUAUGCCCAUAACAUCAGAAAUGAAUUAUCAGUAUUGCAGAAGAAUUACUAUACUCCCUUAUUGAGUCUUCAAGUAAACCCUGCAUUCUAAAGUAUAAUUUGACCCUUAAUACUGCUGUACGUUUUCUUCAACUGUUUAUCACUGAAGUAAUCUACAGCUGCCUGUACAGUUUAUUUUGCAUGUGAAAUGACAGCUCUCUGCCUAAUGUCAUGUUAGUAAAUAUGAUGCUGUAAAUAUUAAUCAAGGUUAUAAGUGUAGUCAGUAGCAGGCCCACACAGGAAGGGAUGUGUAGGCUUUACUCUGAUCUGAAGCCUACAGUCAGGUGCCUUCAGUCAUACAGGAAGUUUAUUAUGAUGGAGAAUUAGUCCUGUGCCACUACAUGGUCUACUACAAAAAUAUUUAGUUUUAAAAAUUGCACGGUGACAUCUCAAGCUGGUAUGCUAGUUUUUAUACAAAGUAGUUCUGUCUCCUGGGACAGUUUUCAGUGUUUUAAAAUAGUAUGUGGUAAAUGAUAGUAUAUAUAGAAUAUUUUGUAUUAAUGGUGCCUUACACUGAAUCCCAUCUGUAAUUGUUUAAAUUAAGCAUUACUUAAAUGAGGAAUAUAUUUGUUAAGUAGACAAGAUGGGGAAGGGACAGUGUGUCUUGAGACUUUUUUUUCUUGAAAACAAAUGGGGCACUGACCUUUAAAAGCUAUGGAGAGUACCUCAAAGGUAUUCUUUAUUUAAUUAUCUUAAUAAAAGUAGACAGAUGUGUGCUGCUAUAUGCCCUUGGUUUGAUAUGUCUGCAAAACUUAUACUUGGCCAUUGUGAGUACACCAUUAUUACAUCAUGGUGUUGCUGCUUCUUCCAUUAAGGCUCCUCAAGUCUGUCUUUAACUGGAUUCCAUGUGCCUCCAACAGUUCCAAAGUGUGUUUCCAAGUCACUAAUUUCAUUCAAGGAGGUCCCAUAAAACUGCACUCAUGGCAGUUUCCUGCACUAGGUACAGUGUUACCUCCUGACAGUGCAAUAUGACUCCAUUAAAUUAACCACUAUAGAGUUUGUCAUCAGUGUGAGGUGUAGGAAGGCAAGGCGGAGGCGUCUGCGUAAUAUCUCAUUACCUUUUUUCUAUAAAUAGAUAUGUUGCAUGGGAGAUGGUGCAAAGCGAUGUGUGCCAUCCCUAUUCUUGGCCAUUAGUUAUCUUGUAGGUCUCUGGCUUUACUGUAUCUAGAAGUGUGUCUGAUACAGCAAGUUGCAUUAAAUUCACUCUUCAGGCUAAAGUACCGUAACACCUUCUGUUGGACAUUUGUAGGAAUGUCUAAGUUCUGAAAAUGAACCCUUGCCAUUUGAAUAUUGGCCAACAUAUUGUUGAUAAAGGUCUUCAUUUAGAUUUUGGCAUAGGAAUGGGAGGUGAUUUAUGCCACUGAUGUUCCAAUACCAGUGUUUCCUUCCAUAACCUCAUUUUCGCAGAUGAGGCUAAGGUGUCAAUUCAACAGUUAUAUAUUUCCUAAGGAAAAAAAAACUCACAGCAAGAUCUGUGACAGUUGGCAAAAAAAAUCUACAGCAUUUGGAUGUGUACUGUAGCAAAUAGUAGGGUACAUAAAGAUAAUAGUGCAGGUGAAACCAUGAGCUAAUUCUUGUCCAUAUGUUAGGUUUUUCUUAAGUGUGCUUGAAUAUGUAAAGAUCUAAAGUAGUAUGUGAUAGUUUUCUCUUGCUGUGAAGUAUUGUUCUUUUGAAUGCUGACAGUCACUGUGUUAGCAUUUCAGAAAAUUUCAUUAAACCUGUUAAUUUCUAACAUCCUUUUCCAAGAACCAUCUGAUUUUAUUUUCUGUUCCUGCUUUUCUUGGUUCUUUUUAUGCUGCUUUUAUGUAGUCUGGUUUGUAUAAUAUGUAUUGUUUAAUUUUUAAAAAAGAAAGCUGUUUAAGAAUUUUGAUUUUAAAUGUGCAUUUAAAUGUCCAGUCUGCAUAAUUUCUCUGCUGUGAGUUGGGGAAAUGGUAAUAACAUGAACAGAUGUUAAAUACACAAUGUAAGAGAACAUGUGAAAAUAUUAUACCACUUUAGCUUAUUUUGUAUAUUUUAUUUAACAGUUAUGUCCCCAUAUCUAAAAUGAAUGAUAACCUACCUACACUUCACAUGUAAAGAUUUCUGAAAAGUUAUCACAUUUGUAUGUCUGUGACAGACUUACAGUCUACAGCUAGCUGUACGUACGAACUUGAAAUUAUAUAUUACAUAGCAAAAUGAAAAGUAUACAGAUUAUAUGAUGUAAUGUUUCGCUUCUUUAUCUGUUAAGAUAUUCAAUCAGAAGCCUCAGUUGCAGUAUAAAGAAGUUUGAAAUGACUUAGAGAAAACAGUUGUCAUUAUCUGUUGAAGUGUACAUGGUCUAAAUUAACACUCAGAGGAAACUUCUGAAAUAUUCAUUUAUUGUACAGAAUUACUGGAGAAAUUUGGAAAGGCGUUGUGGGCCCAUUUGUUAAGAAUACUACUUGAUAAUUGGGUCUUAUUACUUAACAGGACUUCAUACUGUAAAACUUGAAAGUGUAUACUUUUUUUAAAUUAUGAUGCAUACCUAUAGAACAGUGACUAGAAGUUUUGUCUUUGCCAUUCCGUUUUACAAAAUUAAGUGCCAAUACUGCUGAGAUUUGUAAUGUGUAUUGCCUCUGAAAUAAUAGUAUGAUCAAUCAAGCCUACUGCAUUUAAAAACUGUUCCAGUAUGAUGUUUUUAACUCAAGGGGACAGAGAGAGAGAGCAGAUUAGUUCGACACAUGAUGCAUUUAUUAUAUACGCUUUUAUAUUGUUUGUUGGUGUUUACCCUUCUCUAAAGUGUGUCAUGCUGACUUUUUUUAACAGGGCAAAAACACAUUUUCUGUCAAAUUAAAUAAGAAUAUUUUCACACA